AUGUCAAGAGCCUUAGAAUGUGACAUCACAGCUCCAGUGGCCAAGGCUACUGCAGAAUUUUCAGACUUGCGGACGAAGUUGGCAGUACUCGGGGUAUUGUACUCUUACUUUCUCUUCAAAGUCAAGGAAGGAUCUUCUGAGGACACAGCUGCUUCUGAAGGAGAGGAUGCUUGGGAGGGACCCUGUGGCAGGCUGCUGCUGGCCACCACAGCCACGGUCAAAAGGGGCCGCAGGAGGCAGGCGCGACAGCUGCACCUAUACGCCAACGUCUUGCUCAUCUCUAGCUCAAAGUUUGAAAGCAACUUCACCAUCAAGCACUCGGUGCCCCUGCGUAGCCUGUGGGUGUCUGCCUACUUGGAGAGGUCCAGGAGAGCCACCAGCAGAGACUGGAGGUCACUGGUUCUAGGCUGGGCCAGGAACAGCUUCGUGGUCACUUUCUCGUCUGUUCAGCAAAAGCAGGAGUGGCAUUCCUGUCUGGAGAGCUGCAUGGUUCUUGCUAACGACAGGGACCAGCCUGGAAUGACUCCCCAGGACACCCUUCCUGUACAGAGGGAGGAUGGGGCAUGCGAGACCUUCCACCUGGAGCAGAUGACUUCAGAGACCUCAAGGCAGCUGGUCCCUAAUCCCAGGCAGCAGAGAAGGAGCCAGAAGGGGAGAGGUGUCCUUGCUGAUGGGAGAGGCUCCAAGAUGGGAUUCCGGGGCAUCACCAGGAACUCCCAGCCCCUGGGAACCCUGUUGGAUGAGCACUCCUUCUCCAUCAUGUAUCAGCAAGAAGCCACCUGGCAGCAGUCCCUGUUCAUGCAGAUGCGCGUGGCUCCGGUGAUACUGCGGGGCCCAUCGAUGCUGGCCCUGAGCUCAGCUCAGUGCCCCCCAUCUGUGCGGGUCCAUAGGGGCCGGGGAGCCUGCAGUAGACCACAGGAUAGCAGCAGCACGGUCCUGCGUUGUUCCAGUUACAACAUCUUCACUGGAGUGACUGGCCCCAUAAUAUGUGUCAGUAUCCCCUAG